AUGGCGAAGUUGAACACCGACUCCGCUCUCUCCCGUCGCAUCGCCGCCUCCUUCCUUCACUUCCUCAACUCCGUUGAACCUGCAUCUGGAGUAGAUAUCGAAGCGCUCGAGGUUGCUAGGGAAUGCUUGGCCGAGGUUUUUAAGGUUGAUCCAUCUCAAGUUGAGAGCCGGUUGAAUGGUGAUUCGUUAAUAGAUAUAUUUAGUUCUCGGGAAGAAACUAUGCUGAAUGGGAGUAAUAAUGUGGGAGCUUCAGAUGUACCUUCUACAUCAGAGGGUUCACGGUCUUCGGGUGAAGAUUUGACAAGAGAAGCUCAUUCACUUGGGAAAGACGAACUUUUUGGGCAAUUUUUUGGUGCUCUGGAAAAGAUUCAUUAUUUCAAAAGCAUGCCUGAUGGAAAAGAUGAUAACGCGCAGCUGGAUAGAGCAACACAUAUAUUUCACAAUGCUGUGGAUGAAAUGCAAAAAUCAGGGUGUGAGAGAGAUGACCUGAAAAACUUGGCAGAGACAUUAAAAUCACAAGGUAACAAGGCUAUGCAAUCUAAACUAUAUAAUGAGGCUAUCGAGCUGUAUACUGUUGCUAUUGCGCUGUGUGAAGAUAAUGCUGUUUACUAUUGCAACAGGGCUGCUGCUUACACCCAGAUGCUCCAAUAUGCUAAAGCAGUCCAUGAUUGUCUCAAAUCCAUUGAGAUCAACCCUAAUUAUAGCAAGGCUUACAGUCGGUUGGGAUUUGCUUAUUAUGCUCAGGGGAAGUACAGGGAUGCAAUCGACGAAGGAUUUAUGAAAGCAUUGCAGUUGGAUCCUAAUAAUGAUUCUGUCAAAGAAAAUAUUCGGGUUGCCGAACAGAAACUGAGAGAAGAGCAACAAAGGGCUGGAAGUGACCAGGGCUCAAGUUCUGGGAAUCCUCAUGGAUCCGGAGGGGGAUCGAGGGGUCCUACCCCACCACCACCAUUUACAUCCAUGCCAUUUAAUAUUGAUGGUCUUCCUGCCGAUAUCACAAGCAUGCUUACAAAUAUGGCUACCAAUGCAUUCCAAGGAUCACAUUUUCAAAACGGGCCUGAACGUGAUAGUGAAUCUGAUGCAACCAAUGAGCCGGGAAUCAGAAUAGGUGGUAGCAUUAAUGAGCAGCACCUGAAACGAAUCCACAAGAUAACAUCAAUGGAAGAUCUGCUCCAAGAUGAGGGAGCAAUAUGGGAUGGCUUUUUGGAGAGAAAAUUUUACUUUGAUGUAUUUAAAAUCCACAUUUCACUUGCAGGCAGUAUCUGGAUUUAUACAGUGUUCUUGUAG